GAGAACAGGCGGCUGCAGCAGCAGCUGGAGGAGAUCACUGCAGCAGCACAGCAGGCCCAGCAGCAGCUCCAGGCGAGCAGCAGCCAGCAGCAGCAGCUGCAGCAGCAGCUGCAGCAGCUUAAAACGGAACAUGCCAGCCGCUCUGUUGAAGUUGACCACCUCGUUCGCGAGCUCGAGAAAGGAAAUGCAGUGGUGGCGAAGCUGCAGCAGUCCGUGCGCAGCAGCAAGGCCAAGGCAAAACAGUGUGCUGCAGAAGCUGCAGCAGCAACUGCGGCCAAAGAGGAGUUGCAGGCAAAGCUGAAGGUGCUAGAAGAGGUGCAGCAGCAAGAGGAGCAACAGCAACACAAGCUGAAGCAGCAGCAGCAGCAACAACAGCAGCAGCAACAAGCGCUGCAUGCGGAGUGCCAGAGCCUCGCAGCCCAGGUACAGAAACUGCAGGCGGAGCUGGAGGCGUCAAAAGAAAGUGAGAUUUUUGCUGCUGCUCUCCGUCCUGCUGCUGCACUUCCUGCAGCUGUUGCUCUUCCUGCUGCUGCGUUUCUUGCUGCUGCUGCUCUUUUUGCUGCUGGUACCCUCACGGCUGCUCUCUCGUCGUAG